CCUAUAUAUAAUAUCUGUCACCCCCCUGCUCUCGGUCCCUCUCGCUAGCUGCUGUCUCUCUCUCGCUCUCUCACCUCAAAGCUUCCCCCCUUGUCGGAUCGAUCCGAGAGAGCUUCUGAUUUGCAAUCAUGUUGGUCUACCAGGACCUCCUCAGCGGUGAUGAGCUUCUCUCGGACUCGUUUCCGUACAAGGAGCUCUACAACGGUGUCCUCUGGGAAGUUGAAGGGAAGUGGGUCGUUAAGGGUGCAUUGGACGUAGACAUUGGUGCCAAUCCAUCUGCUGAGGGUGGGGAGGAUGAGGGUGUUGAUGAUCAGGCUCAGAAGGUUGUUGACAUCGUCGACACAUUCAGACUCCAGGAGCAACCUGCUUUCGACAAGAAGCAGUUUGUCAGCCACAUCAAGAAGUACAUCAAGCUUUUGACACCCAAGCUGGAGGGAGAGAAGGCGGAAGAGUUCAAGAAGAACAUCGAGCCAGCCACCAAGUUCUUGCUCUCGAAGCUCAGUGACUUCCAAUUCUUUGUUGGUGAGAGCAUGGCCGAUGACAGUGCUGUAGUGCUUGCAUACUACAAGGAUGGAGCCGCCGACCCCACCUUCAUAUACUUUGCACAUGGCUUGAAGGAAGUCAAGUGCUAAAGCAGUCAUCGCCAGUAUCUGUUACAAGCUUUUUUCGCAUGCUGUAGCCUUUUAGCUUUAAAGUUAUGCUGUUGGACUUUCGAAAGCCAUAAUUCUAAGGUUUCUGCAACUGUUUUCCGAUUCAUAACGUUAUUGUUGUGGCGUGCUUGGUUUACCUUGUGGGAUUUACUUAGGAUCAUUUUUGCCCCUAAUGAAAUGUGCCACUCGAGUUAAUCCU